AUGAAGGUUCCAUGGCCUGAAGCCUUCAAGGAUGGAGACGCGUGGACGUUCCUGGAGGAGUUUGAGGACGUUGCGGAGCCAGCGAGAAUACGGAAAAACCGCGAUAAGUUGACGGUCCUCCAAGCGCUUCUUAAUGGUCGUUCGCGGACGGUACUGGAUCCAGCGCGAAGAGGCCCGGAGAAGAUGGAGUGGGCCGUCGAGGAGGACGCCCGAAUCGCGGGUUUCUACAACCUGGUCGACCGCCAACAAGCGUUGCAGAGCAUCAGGACGACGCAGCUCGUAGUUGGCGUGGAUCCCUGUCGCAUGCCGUGGUCCUGCGAGCCCUAUUAA